AUGAAUUCCGCCUCGCGACCCGGCCAGGGCCAAUUGUUGGGCCUUUUGAGAUCCGGAGUGCGGUUUGCACACACGGGCCGGCCACGGGGGGCUGCGGCAGGAUCCCAAGAUGCCGAGAGCCAUGGAGAGAAUAUCUGGGUGUUUGCCCACAGAAGAUCAGAGCAGGUCAUUUACAGCUUCACCAAGCAAUUGGAUGGGUUCCAUGGCCUGAAGCAGUUGCCGUUCAACGGCAAGAAGACCAAGCCUGCAAAGCUUCGCAAAGACUACUGGUCACCGCUUGCCCACAUUCGAUUCCAGCCCGGCCAAGGAUCCGUCGGCCGCUCAGUAUUUCAAAAACUGCGAGAGUUGAAGCACCUCCACGAGGUUGCAUGGACAGACGAGUUGCGACACAAGCGACCGGAAGAGUACACCAGCCAGGACAAGAAGAAGAUUGCCGAGGAGAAGGAGAAGGGAUUCGACUACCAACCAAUCCGAAGCAAGCAGGAGCGUGGAAUCGCUCUCAAUGCCCAGAAGCAAAAUGCGAUUGCCGACAUGGCAUCCGUUUUGGCGGGCGAGGGCCGUGGCAACAAGGUCUUGGCUGCGGAGCCUGAAGGAGGCGAGAAAGAGUUGGUUGAUGUCACAAUCAGCUGGGCCAACGACCAGGAUAAGAAGUACGCUGAAUCGUGGUCAAGUAAUGUGACGCACUCUCUAUUUGAGGCUCCGACAUAUACCUCAGGAGAGCCCGAGAAGCAGGUCACCAAGACGGCAGCGUAA